GAUUGUCCAAAAAGGAGGAAACUCGGUCGAGUGAACCAGAGAGAAGUAUGUAUGCAACAUCUUCGACUCUGUUUCCACCACAGAGUCUCUUCCUUUCUCCUCAUCUUCCUCCAAAACCCUUCUUUUGUCGGUUAAAGUUUCAGUGUUUUUAUGUGAUAAGUUGCAGCUAUGGCGGCUGUUUUAGUGGCGGUUCGUUCUGUGAUCGACGGAGUUAUGGUCAAAGACGGAGGAAACGAUUCAUAGUACCGAAAGCUCGAGUCUCUCCUUACGAGGUACUUGGUGUGUCUCCGUCAGCGACACCUCAAGAUAUAAAGAGGGCUUACCGUAAACUUGCUCUCAAGUAUCACCCAGAUGUUAAUAAAGAGGCAAAUGCGCAGGAGAAGUUUCUGAGGAUAAAACAUGCCUACACCACUUUGAUCAACUCUGAGUCACGGCGUAACUACCGCUCAGAUCGUCCUGCGUCUGGUUAUUCGGGUCAAACAAACCAAAAAAGCAACAGUCAAGUCGAGGAAGAUUUCUAUGGACUUGGUGAAAUCGUGAAGGAUGUUCAAAUAACAAUAGGGGAUUUCUUUAAAGAUCUUGAAGAAGAGUUCAAGAGCUGGGAAGCUAGUGCGUCCUCCUCCUCACAAGGAACACCUAAAAGUCUUUGGGAGGAACUAGCUGAAAUUGGGGAAGAAUUUGUCGAGUUUCUUGAGAAAGAACUUAACAUAAGCGAUGGAGACAAUGAUGGACCAAGCAAAACUGGAGAGAGAUUUGAUUUUGACGAGAGCUUCUCAACGGACACGAAGAACAGUAUAGAAGUGAAUAUUGAUGAGAUAGAAGCAACCCUAGCUCAACUCAAAAAAUAUCUUGGCUUGUAACAAUCCUACUAAGAAGUUGCAUGAAAAAUGUUAUUGUAUUCUGAUGUUUGUUUCUUUCAACCCAUAGAAAGAAGUGUGUACAUGUAUUUCUUAUAGAAUAUUAUUUCAUCAAAGCAA